CACCCUCUCCUCUCCUCCCCUCCGCUCUCCAGCGAUGAAGGAAAAGCAGAAGCUUCCUUUCCCCUCCACCCCGAUAUUCUCUUUCUCUGAUAAUAAAAAAAGAGACUGAAAUUCAAACAAGCCACCGUUCAUUCCCUCGUCUUCUCGAGUUCAUCCGCCGAAACCCUUGCUCCCCAGGGGAUUAUGGAGGUCUAGGGCUCGGAAUCCACCGGAGCGACCAAGCUUGGAUUGGGGAGGACGGCCAGGGAUGUCGGGGCCCGUCGACCGGUCCGGGAGGCCCGGUGCAGGUUUUGAGGGCUUCACUCGUGAUGAUGAGAAGGAAGAGAGCAAAUCCGAUGAAGAUAACUCCGAAGGUGACAACAAGGCCAAAAAGGGGUCCUUCAAGAAAAGAGCGAUUAGUGCCGGAAAUAAAUUUAGGCGCUCCUUGAAGAGGAAGAGCAAAAAGAAGAGCGGCAAUCUAGCCUCAAUAGAGGAUAUAAGGGAUGUGCAAGAGCUGGAAACUGUUGAAAGAUUCCGCCUAUGCUUGCUUGAUGGGGGCUUGUUGCCAGAACGUCAUGACGAUUAUCACACAAUGUUAAGGUUCCUGAAAGCAAGAAAGUUUGAUAUUGAGAAAGCAAAGCAUAUGUGGUCAGAAAUGCUUAGAUGGAGGAAUGCGUAUGGGGUCGACAAUAUAGAGGAAUUUGACUACACUGAAUUAAAUGAAGUUAAGAAGUAUUAUCCACAAUUUUACCAUGGAGUGGAUAAAGAGGGAAGGCCUGUCUAUGUAGAACUAGUUGGAAAGGUUGAUGCCAAUAAACUAGUCAAAGUAACAACUCUUGACCGAUACAUAAAGUAUCAUGUGAAGGAGUUCGAGAGAAGUUUUCAGAUGAGGUUUCCAGCUUGUUCCAUAGCUGCAAAGAGGCACAUAGACUCGUCUACAACUAUUUUAGAUGUGCAAGGGGUGGGCUUAAAGAACUUCUCAAAAGAUGCAAGGGAACUAAUCAUGCGACUGCAGAAGAUUGACAAUGAUAACUAUCCAGAGACAUUGUGCCGCUUGUACAUUAUAAAUGCUGGGCAGGGCUUCAAGAUGUUAUGGGGUACAAUUAAAUCAUUUCUUGAUCCACAGACUGCUUCGAAGAUUCAUGUUCUUGGAAGCAAGUACCAAAAUAAGCUGCUUGAAAUAAUUGAUGAAAGUAUCAUGUCCAGUGAACUGCCAGAUUUUCUUGGAGGCAAAUGCAGGUGUGAAGAGAGUGGAGGUUGCUCAAAAUCAGACAAAGGUCCUUGGAAGGAUCCUAACAUAAUAGAGAGGGUCCUUAAUGGUGAAGCAAAUUAUGGUCAACGAAUUCUUGCCAUAUCAAGCACUGAUGGGAAUACAGUUUCUUAUACUAAGCUUCAUUCCUCAGCUAAAAAAACCAGUGAUGCCUCAGCCGAAUCUACAUCUGAUGUAGAAGAUAUUACGUCUCCUGAUGCUCCACUGGAUGCCAUUGUGAACCCUGAUUUGACCCUUCAUGAGCCAAAAUCUUCAGGACAUGCUUCAACUUCUGGUACUGCUCCUGUCGUAGAGGAAAGCGUCCCCACUGUUGUUGACAAGCUUGUGGAUGAUGUGUGCAACAGUCCAAGAGCCACUUCAGUGGCUUCUACCUCAGGUUCAUUCUCCUUGAGAAAUAUACGUAUGGCAUUGGGAGUGCUACGAACUCAGAUUGUUACUUGUCUGACAGUUUUUAUUAUGAGCCUCUUUAUGGUGAUCCGUUCUGCCCCAAGCAGAAUAUCUGAAAGGUUCUCAAGACAGUCCAUUGCCUGUGAUCACAAUUGUGGGGAAUUUCCCCAAAAUUUGGAGUUUAAGGUACCGUAUGUGUUAAGACAGCUUCGUGAACUGGAGGAGAAGGUGGUUGUACUUGAAGCAAAACCAUCUCAAAUGCCACUUGAGAAAGAGGAAGUGCUCAAUACAGCUGUUUGCCGUGUCGAUGCAUUGGAAGCUGAGCUGAUUUCUACAAAGAAGGUGCUCUAUGAGACAUUGAUAAGGCAGGACGAGCUGCUUGCAUAUAUUGAAAAGCAGGACAAAAACAAAUUCCCGAAGAAGAGGUUCUGCUUCUAAGUGCUGGAGUACGCUCUCAACUAUUUAUUUUCCUUCAAGACGGGUAUUCUUCUUGCCAAAUUGGAUGCAUAUAUUUGUAAUAUGUUUGUGUGUAAAGUUCUGUAAGUGUAUAUCACGAAUAGAAGGGCAGGCGAGCAUUUUGCCACGUCUUUGAUGUUCCACUGCUGAGUACUUAUAUUGUUGAUGCCUGGAACAUAUUUCGAGUCCAGAGAAGCAAAGUGUACAGUACAGAGUUUAUAGAAAUACAAAGGGUGUAGCGUACAGAA